GUCGGACAGGUUGUGCAGUCAUGUCUGGGUUGGCUGCGUUGUGUUUCCUGCUUCUGCAGACAGGAGCUUGUGGAUUUGAAAUAUUAGGAUGGUUUUUCAGAGGAAAAUCUCUGACUCAUGAGGAUAUAACGGAGAGAGCGAUCUUAAAUACCACUGUGCAGGUGUGCCGUGCUCUGGCUCUGGCUGAGGGCAAAGACUUCACAUUUCCUCCACAGCCUUUCACUGCUGAGUCUGUUGCUGUUGCAUGUGGAGCAUCAAAAUCAUCCAAGAGUUUCUGCAAAGCCAUCAGUUUAAUCCAAAGGAAGAAUUGGAAUGUAGACCUUUUUAGAUUCUACAGCUCCCGCCAUCACUUUGACGAUGAGACAUUUAUAGAGGGAAGGAAAAUCAUCACAGAAGGAUUAUCAGCUGUGAAGGCCAGCAACAAACGAGAGAACUUUGAAGCAGCAAGAGAAAAACUGGGGAAUAUAUUACAUCCUUUACAGGACUUCUACAGUCACAGUAACUGGGUGGAAAUGGGAAGCAAUCUUCCAAACUCCAAUCUGAUCAGAGCAGGCACCAGCAUUGGUAACAUAGCAGCUGAGAGCAGAGCAACCUGUCGCAACUGUGAUGGAGACGACUGCAGAAACAACAUUUUGGAGGAUAUCCUACAGGAAAAGAUACUUACCUCAGGAUAUUUUAAUUUUGUGCCUUUUCUCUCUGAUAAACCCAAAGGAAAAUGCAGCCAUGGAGGACUAUUGGAUCGAACAAGUGGCAUAGAGCCCACAGGUGGGAUCAACAAAGACAAGCUUGAUUCCAACCAUGGAUUUCUUCACACUAAAGCAGCAAGUGUGGCGAUUGCUGCAACCAGUGAGCUUCUAGAGGACAUCCGAGGGGCUGCUGGAGACAGAACAUUCCUACAGAUGAUGGGAAUCACCAGAGGAGCCAGUAGACCUCUGUGUUUCGUGAUUGACACAACAGGAGGCAUGGGUGAUGAGAUUGCAGCAGUGAGGACCGUCACUGCCUCCAUAAUCAACAGUAAAGUGGGAACAGAGGAUGAGCCCUCAGUUUACAUUCUGGUGCCAUUCAAUGAUCCAGAGUUUGGGCCACUGAUAAGGACCACAGACCCAGAAGUCUUCAAGAAUUCCAUUAAUUCACUGUCAGCGUCUGGUGGAGGAGAUGCUCCAGAAAUGAGUCUUUCAGGACUUCGGCUGGCUUUAACUGGUGCUCCUUCAAAUUCUGAGAUCUUUGUCUUCACCGAUGCAUCUGCUAAAGAUGCAGACCUGAAAAGUGCAGUGAUCGCACUCAUUGAGCAGACCAAAUCAGUGGUGAACUUCAUGAUUACCAGUGGUCUUGGGUCUCAAAGACAGAGUGAUAACAACCAACAACUCAGUCAGAUAACGAGAUCAGGUGCCCAGGUGUACAAAGACCUGGCUCAGGCUUCAGGAGGUCAGGCUAUUGAAGUCACAAAGAGUGAGCUGCUUGAGGCUACAAGCAUCCUAACAGAGUCUACCAGCUCCUCUCUGGUAACCUUCCUGCAAGCAGCCAGGAGCCCAGGAAUGGCUGAAAAUUUCACUUUCACAGUUGAUGAGUCAGUAAGAAAUCUCACAAUUUACAUCACUGGGCAACUGGUCACCUUUACUCUCAUCAGUCCCUCAGGUGUGUCUCAGAGCAGUGCUGACACGACAGGAUCACUGAUCAUUUCGUCCCAGUCAGUGGGAAACUUCCAGACUCUACGGCUACAACAAGAAGUGGGACUGUGGGAAAUUAAAAUGAUGUCAACAAACCCCUACACUCUGAAGAUCGUAGGUGAGAGUCCCAUUGACUUCCUGUUUGAUUUUUUGGAGGUGUCACAGGGCCCACUGGGAGGUUUUGAAGUCUUAGAUAAUCGUCCCAGAGCUGGUGUUAACGGUAGCCUGAGGGUGACGGUAAUUGGCAGUGACUCGGCCACAUUGUCAGAAGUCACUCUGGUUGAAUCAUCGGGGUCAGGGAAGGUUAACGGCAGCGUUGAGGCUGUGGGUGGAGGAGACUUCCUAGUUCGGUUUGACAGGAUACCAUCGGCAGAGUUUGUGGUGCUCGUGAAGGGACAGAACAGCAACGUUUCCUCCAGAGCUUCUUCCCCAGUGUUCUUCCAAAGGCAGUCAACCACCAGCAUCAGUGCCUCUACUCUGACUGUUACUGCUGAUGCUUCAGACAGUGUCUUAGUACCAGGAGUACCACUCUCUGUUCCCUUCUCUGUGGUGACUAGCGGUGCAGGAGGAACCUUCAGCAUCCAAGCUACCAAUGACCAAGGAUUUACUUCAACUUCCCCAUCCAGUUUAUCCCUGGGAACUGGAGGCCAUGCUAAUGGUAUAGUGACCAUCACAGCACCUCCUGAAACCCCAUCUGGUACUGAUGUCACCUUGACCAUUGAGGCAGAUGCUCCGGGAGGCACAGACACCAACUAUGUUGUGCUGCGUUUCACUGUCCUUAGACCGGUGACUGAUUUCACUCAGCCAGUGUGUCAGCUGAUCAGCCUGCAGUCCAACUGCUCUGAAACCUGCAGUCUGUCGAUGUGGGAGCUCACUGUUCAGGUGACUGAUGGGGCUGAUGGGACGGGCAUCAACCAUAUCAGCCUCAAACAAGGCAAUGGGACCAUGAACACGAGCCUGGUCAGUGGCAGUGAGAACGUAACGCUGGUGUCCUACAACGCAUCUUGCUGUUCACCUGAUGUGGAGCUGCUAGUUGUGGAUCAGGUGGGUAAUGUAGCCUCCUGUUUCUACACUGUCCGGAAAAUAACCAGCACCACUGCCAGCACCUCCACACACACCACCACUACCACUACCAGCACCAGCACCACCACUACGAGUACACCAAGUGUCAGCAUCACUACAACCACCAUUAGUAGUACCCCACAGCCUCCAACAGCAACAACUGUUGUGUCUUCAUCCACCACGGCUGUCCAGUCUUUUCUUCUUUGCCUCAGCAUCACGAUUCUAGGGCUCAGUUUACCAUCUGAAAUGGGGAUCAACUGAGUCUUUACAUGUUUGUGUGACACAGAAUUAUAUUUUAAAUAUUCUUUUGGCUUUUGGAAAUCAACUACUUUACAUACUACAUACACUCAGUUGUCAGCUAUCAGCUACACACACUAAAACUAAUGCAGUCUAAUAUAAAAACAGUGCAAUAAAAUCUAUGAACCAUUUCCUAGAAAGAAAUUCAGUUAAGAAGCUAGAGGUAGGGUAUGUUUUCCCAUUUUUGUUUCAUGGCAUAGACAAUGUAAACAUGUCAGUUCAAUUUCAUACUGCAAUCAAGACUCAUUUCAUUCGCUAUUGGUACUACUGCUGAUACAAAGUUGUGGAAUGGUAUUGUUGAUCGAACAAUUACAUUUAUUUGAUCAUUUAAAAUCAUAUCUUCCGUUCACCUGAGGCUUGUUUCUUUACAUGUUAGUGUGGUAAAGAAUUACUGAGAAGUGUUUCUAAUAUUUGUUCUCUUCUUCUUGAUGAAUAUAAAUGGACUUAGUUUGGUGAACAGCCUGACAGCUGAGUGUAUGCACAACUGUGUGAGCAAUACUACUAUAACAUUUACAUUUAAAUUUUACAAGCUACU